AUGCCUGGCGGCUGCGAGCGGUUUCGCGAAUCCAUUGGCCUGGUGUUUAUCGAAAUCAGGGUGGUUGGCCCUUGCAAGUUGGCGAAUCAUGCCGACUCUGCGGAGCACUUGGAGCCCCUAAGAACGGAACAGGUGCUCGGCCGUGCUCAGCGCUUUGGUUGCCCACCCCUCACGGGCAUGCAUGUCAGCAACCGCGACGUGCGUUCGAAUCAUACGACAGCCUGA